AUGACUUCAAACGAGCAGAUCCGUGCGCAGUCAUAUUUUAAUCUGUCAAAAGAGCGCGAAUUCUACAGUUAUCUCCCGCACGACCACUCCGCAUAUCCCUUCGCUCCAUUCGAUGAUGCCAGCCAGAAUAAUUUUGUUGCGCGACCAUCACAAGACCAUGCCUUAACCUCCUUCGCGCAAUUGGGUGCUAUGAGACUAGGUGGCCAACGGGCAAUGAUCUCGCUCUUCGAUCGCACCCAUCAAUAUAUUCUAGCAGAGGGUACUGGAUCACCUGAUCUAGAUGGCCACGACAACUUAUGGUUAGGAUGCUGUGUCUUGCCUAAGGAGAAUGGUGUCUGUAAGGAUGUUUCGAUGCUCCCACUGUCACAGCCUCCUGAUGAUCCUGCAAUUGUUGGAGGCAGCGCCCUCGUGAUACCAAAUAUGAAGGAGAGUGAGCAUAUUGAAAUCUCUAAUCUGGCAAAUGGUCUUUCUCAGGCACAAUUCUAUGCUGGGGUGCCGAUUGUUAGUCCUAGGGGAAUCACAAUCGGGGCAUACUGCAUCUUCGACACUCAACCUCGGCAGUCCGGGCUCGACGAAGCAUCGAUUAGGUUCAUGAAAAGGAUGGCCGCGACCACCAUGGACUAUUUGGAUAUGAUGCAAUCGAAAAACCAACAUACUAAAGCCAAGAAAAUGAUUUUUGGUUUGGGGAGCUUUGUGGAGGGUAAGACUACGCUCCGCGAUUCAUGGCUUGAGGCGAACGAGCAAGAUGCUACAACGGGUCGCUCUGGUGAGACUGUAGAGGGGCAGUUGAAUAAACAACAGCAAGACUUACAAGAAGCACAAAAUCACCCUCCACCUCGAAAACUUCCUGAUCGCCCCACUGGGACCGGGAAAGGUCAUUCGCCACGCCUUCAUUUUUCGCACGAUGUCGUGAAGAGUCACGAUUCGGAUGCCACAGCUCCUGACUCAGCAACCACACCUUCUGGCAGCAAUCAACCAGAUCUGGAGACGAACGAACAGAAGAAGACGGGCUCAAAUCAGCCAGAGAAGGUAACAUUCCGAAGCUCUGUUUCGAGCGACAACAUUCCGGAUGAAAGCGUUCCAGUCGCUUUGCAGAAAAUAUUCUCUCGCGCGGCGAACCUGAUUCGAGAGUCCAUUGAGGUGGAAGGCGUUGCAUUUCUCGAUGCCAGAAUUGAAUCUUUUGGCGGGCUUGUUGGAGAUGAGCAUGGUAAAGCGCGUGAAGCGUGGGCACGUGAUAAGACAGCAAGCAGUGAAGACAGCACCGAUUCAGGAGACUGCGAGUCGCCGGCAACUCCUUCUACUACGAGUUCUGAAGAAGACGCCACCACCUGCCGGACCUUAGGUUCUUCAACUUCCAAAUCCUCAACUAUUGAUGACGAUUCAAGAUCUGGUCUAAAGUCAGGUCAUGAAUAUGCAAUUCGGGGGUCUGUGUUGAAGGCGAUCCUGAAUAGAUACCCCAAUGGGAAAAUCUUCAAUUACAACGAGAGUGGAUCAUUGUCCGAUGAUAGCGGCAGUGGCACUACCUCCAGGAUCUCAGCAAAGACAUCGAGAUCCAAAGCCAAAAAGAAACGGCGGGAGCCAAACCACAAACAGGAUGCUAAUGAUCUGAUCAGAGUGAUUGAGGGCGCCCGGAGCAUUAUUUUCUUACCUCUGUGGGAUUCUCACAAAUCGAGAUGGAUCUCUGGUGUCCUUGUCUGGACUAACUCCCCCGAACGUGUCUUUCAACCUAAGAACGAACUCGCGUACCUUCGUGCCUUUGGCAACAGCGUCAUGGCCGAGGUUCACCGACUGGAUGUGGAGAUGGCGGAAAAAGCUAAGACAAACCUGGUCAGCAGCAUCUCACAUGAACUGAGAAGCCCUCUACAUGGCAUUCUCGGAACUUCUGAUAUUUUGGGCGACACAGCCAUGAAUGCACUUCAACAAGGAAUGGUCCAUACCAUCGAGUCUUGUGGACGUACUCUCCUUGAUACCAUGAAUAACCUGCUCGACUUCACUUACAUUGAUAAGUUCAAGGACAACCAUCAACAAACACAUGGAAAUGGCCGCCAUGAAAAGCAAUUCGAAGAUCCAGGUCAGCACAAUCAGCCGGGCAGCAGCGAGAAUAGCCGUGAUGCCGUCCAGCUGGAUGCUGUCCUUGAGGAGGUCAUUGAGAGCGUCUUUGCUGGUCAUAGCUUCUACCAUCAACAUCGCGCACAAUCUCGGCACGUGAACAAGAGGGGUCUGUCGAAAACAGCUGUCCUUCCAUCAAAACAAGUAACGGUCAUUUUUGACAUCCAUGAAGCCGCAGAAUGGAACUUUUUCACACAGGCUGGUUGUUGGCGCCGCAUUUUGAUGAACGUCUUCGGCAAUGCACUGAAGUAUACUACUUCAGGUUUCAUAUAUGUGGGGCUGAAGGCCACUAAAGUACCUCGUCAAGGAAAACACCACUCCGCUGGGUCUCGAAAUCCCGAUAGCGAAUAUAUGGUCACCUUGACUGUCAAAGACACUGGCCAGGGAAUCGAUGUUGAUUACCUGCGAAAUGGCUUAUUCACACCUUUUUCCCAAGAAGAUACCUUGGCCCCUGGAAGCGGACUGGGACUGAGCAUUGUUCGCCAAGCGCUUGGCUCUCUCCACGGUUCUAUCGAAGUCAGUUCUGAGAAGAAUCGGGGAACCGAGAUAUCAAUUGAAGUUCCUAUGACUCAUGUCACAAUGACAGAUACAUCUGAUGCAUCUUCACCGAGUGCAGCAUACAGUUUUAUAAGGAACCAAGCCCAAAACAAAACUAUCGGUCUGGUUGGGUUUGGCUCAUCGCUUGCAUCCGAGCAAGAUGCCACUCUCUACAGUUCCUUGGAGCGGAUGUGCCACGAAUGGCUCCAUCUAACGGUCAAGAAGGUGUCUCUUCAAGGCGACAUCACUCCCUGUGACUUCUACCUGAUGGUACAUACCGACCCUGAUAGUCCCGACGCGGAAGGCAACCAGCUGCUCAACCUUGACCAGACGAGUAAGUUAUCACCGCUGGUUGUUAUCUGCCAGUCACCCGAGACCGCGCACAAAAUGUUCGCGCGUACCAUGAGCCGAAGCCGAGAAUCUGUUGUUGAGUUCAUCAGCCAGCCCUGUGGACCUCGCAAAUUCGCCAAGACUCUGGAGUUGUGUAUUCGUCGACUAGAUGGCCAAGGAGCAAAUAAUGCUAAAGAGACUCGAUGGGUUGAACUGCCAGAAUCCUCUCAUCUACCGCUUGAUAUUGGACCAAGAAACGCACCCGACAAUAGAAUGAAAAUCAGCAAACGACCUAUGGCAGAUACCGAAGUGAGCCAGGAUAGCGACAAAUUCGACAACCCCCCUAAUGGGCGAAUCCACAAGGGGCCCUCUGUUACGCAGCGAGUCUCAUCUUCGGGGACCACUUCAGAAACGAACUCAGGCAGCUGUCCUCGGUCAGUAUUACUGGUUGAAGAUAACCAUGUCAACCUGAAUAUACUCGUUGCCUACGUGAAGAAAGAAGGUUGGAACUGCACAACAGCAACGAAUGGGCUGGAGGCCGUACGGAAGUUCCAAGCUCAUCCUGGGAAAUUUGCAAUGGUCAUCCUAGAUCUCUCGAUGCCCGUCAUGAAUGGCUUUGAAGCCAGUCAAAGAAUUCGACAGUUUGAAAGGGAAAAUUCUGACCUAAUUACUUCAUCUAAGCCGUCCUGGUACCCGGUAACCAUUGCGGCAUUGACAGGGUUGGACAGUGAAGAUGCUCAGAAAGAGGCGUUUGCAUCUGGAAUCGAUACAUUCCUCACAAAACCUGUUAGUCGGCAGAAUAUACGGUCCCUGUUCGAAAAGUUUAGUGUAUGA